AUGGUUCACAAAGAAAGAAAGAAGAUGGCAAAAAUAAUUCCUAUAUGUAGCUUUUGUCUUGGAGAUGAAUCAAACAAUCCUCGCACCGGAGUGCCGGAGGAAAUGCUAGCAUGUUGGAAUUGUGGGCAAUCAGGACAUCCUACUUGCUUGAAGAUGACAAGUGAAUUAGCAUUGGCUGUUGUUAGAUUACGAUGGCGAUGUAUUGAUUGCAAGAAGUGCCAACUUUGUUCAAAUUCCGUUUCUUCAUCGAGCACAGGGUCGCCUAAUAGGACCUCGACGCAGCCUCUUGUAGACGAUCAACACUUGCUUCUCUGUGAUCUAUGUGACCGCUCCUUCCAUCUUGCUUGUAUUGAACCCAAACUUGAUUCUCCUCCGGAAGGUUCGCUAUAUUCUUUUAAUCUUAAUCGGAUAUUUUGA